AGAUGAUCCAGCUUGAUCCUGAGGUUUGGGCAAAACGGAUAAUGGGCUCAAUCCUGAUCCCUUUAGCCGUCCUUGUUGGGGCUCAAGCAGCUCAGUGUUACUCAGUAGGUUAUGUAUCUCCUCAAGAGUCCUUCUACACUGGUCUGGAGGUUUCUGACCAACCUAAUCCUCAUAUCUUAACAAUAUUUAUCACUGGGUCAGUUUCUCUACUUACAGCAGUUGGUUCCUACACCUUCAUCUGGUAUUAUCUCAAGACCUACCAUAACACCAGGGAUUCCAUUUCUGUUAGAUAUGGGAAAAAUCCCUGAAUAGAUUGAGAUUCUUUUUAAAA